AUGAAUUUAGCAGAUUUAUUUCGUGGAUAUCGUCAUACUGAACCUAGAAUUCUCUUAUUACUAAAACUUUUUAUGAUGAUUAUACUUGUAGCUUGCUUAGCAGGUUAUCUAGCUAUUAUAUUAAUUGAUAUACAACAAGAUGCUCCAAUUAUCAGAACUUCUUUUCAUAUUUCUGAUGAUAAUCUCCCUAUUCGUCCUCCAAGUUUUAUUUUUAAAUCCGAAUAUAAUUUCACUAUAGCAGGUUGUAUUGAAGAACAUUAUACUCAAGAUUUUAAAUCUUCAAUGGUAAAUUGUAUUUCGGAUAUGACUCACCCUGAUGAAAAACGUGGGCCAUCCCAAGCCUAUUUUGGAACUUAUCAACCAUCAAAAGAUACCUUCUUUUAUACUUUUAAUAAAUCAAGUGAUCAUACUUUGACGGGUUCUGUAGUUAUAGGUCUUAUUGUACUUGAUACUAAUUACACAUCUGCUAGUAAUCAAGCAUUGAUUCAAAUAGUUGCUUUUGAUUCAGGUUAUGAAACGCCUAUUAGUUAUAUUAGUGACAACAAAAUUGAUGAAAUAAUUUCUAAUCAAAAAGAUUUGGGAACAAGUUUAGGUUUUAAUGAUUCUGUUGCUAUGAUGAACUUAUAUAAUUUGGCGCUAAAUCAGAACUACCAAUUUGAGUUUAAACGUAGAAUUAAGGAGGUUAUAGUACCAAGUUGGAUGAAUGAUUUUGGUAUUCCUUCUAAAUAUGAGACACAAUCAUAUAUUGAAUCUACUUUAUUACCAUUACCUAAUGGAACUUCAAAUAAUAUGGUGAUGAUGAGUAUAACGCCCAAGGGUGCUAUCAUUCAAAUAGACAGAGAAAUUAGAACACAUACGUACUUAAGUGGUAUGGGUUUAUUAGGUGGUGCGUGGGGAUUAGCGGCAGCAAUGUAUUCAUUGCUUUUUGGCGCAGACACAAUACGACCAUGGGGUAUCGUUCAAUCUUAUUGUUAUGGAUUUUCUCGCUUAACACGAAGAAAACUUAAAGAAACUCUCCCAAUAAUUCCAUUUUAUGAUAAAUCAUAUACCGAUGCAAAUCACGAUCUUUCAUUAGAUGAAAAAAUUGAAUUAAUACCAUUAUUACAAUCAAGAAUUGAUAGUUUAGAAUUAUUUUUACGAGAAUAUGUAGUUGAUGUAAAUUAUUUAGAUAAUAUUCAGAAUAGAUCAGUUAGUUCUAAUCAAGAGAUACAAAAUACAACUGAAGGACCGAAUAGUCUUAACAAUCAAGCGGUACAAAAUAUGAGUGAAGGACCAAAUAAUCUCAACAGUCAAGAGGUACAAAAUACGAGCGAAGGACCGAAUAAUCUCAACAAUCAAGAGGAAAUAUUUAAAAUUGAGGUACCUGAGCAAAGUAAAAAAGAUUAUGUAAAGAAAGGCAAGCCUGUGGCAGAAAAAGAGGAAAGGUCAACAGUUUACAGCUAG